UAUGCAUUUGGUCAGAUUCUUUGUCCUGCGGUGCCUCUCGGAUGUCUCUUUCAAGGCCACUCACAUUCCAGGUGUUAAAAACCAAAUUGCUGACGCCUUGUCACGUUCCCAGAUGACCCGGUUUCGGGAGCUGGCUCCAUAUGCGGCCAUUCAGGGUACGGAAAUCCCAGCCUUCCUUUGUAAAAUUUAAUGGCCGAGGCAGAGCGACUCCUCGGAGCUUCCAUGGCCAGCAGCACGUGGGUGAGCUACAAUAGAGGGGUUUCACUGUUUCAAGAAUCUCGCCUUCAAACUGGCUUACAGACUUGCUGGCCGGCUCCAUAUGGCCAGGUUGUGGCAUUCAUAGCUCAUUUGUCCCUGCAGGGCCUGGCCUCCUCCACAAUUAGCUCCUGCACCUCUGCUAUUUUGUUUGUUCACAAAAUACACAACUGGCCCGAUCCAACUAAUAACUUCUUGGUUCUAAAAAUUCGGGAGGGUUGCCGACGGCAGCCUCAUCAGUCAGACAGCCGUCGUCCCAUCACAGCUGGCCUCUUGCAGAAGAUCUGCACCAUAUUAGGCCACAUCACUUCAUCGGAUUUCGAAUGUUCCUUGUUUUGUUCUGCUUUCCUCCUAGCGUUCUAUGGGUUUUUACGGGUAGGUGAGUUUACUGUAGGCAGUAAACAUGCCGACAGCUCUCGCACUCUGGGGCUCAAUGAUGUCUGGUUUGAGGACUCCGAUCCAUUAGUCAUGACUGUAAGACUCCGUUUUUCUAAAACUGAUCAGCGGGGAGAGACUGCAACUCUCCGUUUUCAUUAGCAGGCUAUUUGCACAAGCGGCCCACUUUAGGGGGCCCUCUAUUCAUCCACUUCGAUGGAUCCCCCGUAACUGCCUUUCAGUUCCGUCACAAGCUCAAAAAGUCAUUGGAAGCAGCAGGAGUUCCCUCAGCAGGCUUCAGCGGUCACAGCUUCCGCAUAGGAGCCGCCAAAUCCGUGGCCCUUAAUGGUAUUUCAGUCUCAGAGAUUCAGACUCUGGGUCGUUGGAAGUCCUCAGCGGUAAAUCUCUACACCCAUCCCCAUAGGGUCUAGCUAGGAAAAUAUUUCAUUCCUGUAUUGCUAAGUGCAAUUCAUCGGGUAAUUGACUUUAACACUGGGUUUUGGAAAGGCCUUUGCUCUCGUUCCCUUAUUUUAUUCAUCCACAGGCACUACACGCACAUGGGUAAUUUGAGACAGCAUUGUCUUCAGAGCCAGUCGGUCCGACCUUCGAUGUUCAGCUACACAGUGCCUCCAGUGGUUUGGCAUGAGGGGAGCAAAACUGAUAGAGCUAGUUCCCAUGCUCAACCGUCUUUUGAAAUCAAGGCCAGCGCCUAAAACCCUUGUCAUUCAUUUGGGUACGAACGACUUGUUCUCAACCCCGGUCAGGGAGCUACGUCGUAAGAUUAAAAUGUACCUCUGUACUGUUCGGGAAACAUUCCCGACCACUCGUAUUGUUUGGUCAGAUAUCUUAUAUCGAUUGUUUUAUCAUGGGGAGGCAAAACAUGGGGUUGGCAAGACCAAUGUUCGUGCUUUAAACAAGUUUGCUCACAUGGUUUGCCACCAAAGCUGCUAUGCCAGUACAAUCAUUCAUGUACACAACAUACAUUUAAAUGCAUCAGAUCCAUCCCUAUUCUGGCGCGAUGGCCUACACCUCUCCAAUGUUGGCAAUAUAAAGUUUUGCGAGAAUUUGCACAACGCGCUGGCCUUCUUUUCACUCUAUCCAGAUGCACCUUGUUACCCACCUUAAUGUUUAGAGGUUUCACACACCCCUGGGAGUCGGUGCCGAUUUGGCUAUUUAGUCUGGUUAAUUUUGUUUUGUUUUUUGGGGGGGUUGGCAAGUUUUCUUAAUGUCAACUUGUUUGGUGGUAUGUCUAUUCAAUUUGAGUAGGAAAUGCUCCUUGUCCAGCCUGGGGUCAUCUUCCCGGGGCUAGCCUCCCUGUACCUUGGGGAGGUGGUUGUGGGAAGGGACCCUCCCGUUGGGAGGUGGAUUCUGCCAGAUUGCUACAGGUUAGCAAUUUUUCCAAAUGGGGCCUCUUGUUUAGUUUUCGUUGAAGCACAGGGCUGUUCCAGGCGACAGAGCAUUCUUUAUUUUGACCAAAGUGUUGCUUUCUUGUUUCAAGUACAACCAGAAAACCGGUAAAUCUGAUCAUCAAUUAAAGCCCAGCUGGCAGUUUACUUGUCGUUCGAACUUCAUCUGAUCUCUUACAGAUUUUAAUACUUUAAAUCAUGUACUUGUUCAGUGUUCUUGCUUGUUGAAAAAGUUUGGGAAAAAAGUCAAGAAAAUAAAUUCGGUGGUGGACAACCAAAGAAACGGCAGAAAAUUGUCUCUGUAUUCUCAUUUCCUCUGGAGCCAAUGUGGGGGAAGAUUUUCAAAGAGCUGGUAUGAGUUUAGCUAAGACUGGAGAGCUAAGUUUAUCAUGAACAAAAUACGCUUUUUCAUCACUAGGAGUCAUCAUGAGAUCUCAGCAAAUAGUUUGUAUAAAAAGUGUCUGUUAAAAAGUGGAUCAAGGUACUUUAUAACCAAGCCUCCUCUUCAGUUCUGGUUAAUGGAUUCCUUUCUCAGUCGUUUCAGAUUGGGAGAGGUUGUAGGCAGGGGGACGGCUUAAGCCCUUAUCUGUUCCUUUUGUGUGCAGAAAUUUUUUCAAUGAUGGUAUGCAUUGAUAAAGAUCUUCAAGGCAUUGCGGUUGAGGGAAUGGAAUUUCGAUUAUCCCAGUAUGCUGACGACACAGUUUUGUCUUGAAUGGCUCAGCGAAGUCAAUGCAGGCUGCUUUCAGAAUUCAUGACCAAUAUGUCUGGUUUAAAGGUUAACGUUGAGAAGACUAAUGCCAUUUGGAUUGGUUCAUCAAAAGAUAGUGGGGAGAAGCUUUGUGAAGAGAUCAAUGUGAACUGGGUCACAGCUAAGCAACCUUUAAGAAUUCUUGGUGUUGACUUCUCCACUGAUCUUAACUCUAUGAUUUCGCUGUAUUACAAUAGGAUUAUCCCGACCUUAUAUGGCCAAAUUUUUAAUUGGUCAAAGAGACAUUUAACAGUGUUGGGCAGAAUUGUUUUAGUUAAAUCAUUACUUAUGUCAAAACUUAUCUACCCAGUGUUAAUCCUUCAUGAUCCUCCCUGUGAUAUGAUUGAGGAGUUAAAUGGUCUGGUUUUUAAUUUUAUUUAUGCAUAUUUUAUUUAAAGUGAGUGUAGCUACUGGUACAUGUCAACUUACAUGUACUUACAAAACUUGCCCCAUCCAUGGAUUUCCACAGUUUUUCUUUUUUAAGGCAUCUCUGCUAACAGUUGUUAUUUAAAUGAGAUA